AAAACGUUCCACCCACUAUUGCUAGCACAUCUGACACAUCAAGUACAUCAACAGGUGCCGAAAUAAUUGAAAAUGUUGAAAGUGUUCCACACCUGCAAAAGGAACUAUCUAUAUCCAGUGGUUUCGAAACCCUUCAGUUAGGCCCCUCGUCACCCCCUUUCAAAAUCUGGAUCAAGUACGGUGACAGCCGACCAGUUAGACUUACAUUCGACGGAGAGAUUGUAGACGAUUUGAUAGAAUCGAUCAAGAAGAAACUGUCACCCGAUUUGAAUGAUGUGGCCCUUAACCGCAUUACUCUAAGAAAACACGAUGAGGAAACAGACUUACGUCCUGGGCUACCAGUGGAUGAGAGUUUUAAAAACGAUGAUGAAUCUCCUCUACAAGUCAUCGUAAAUGCACCUGUGAUUUCAAAACGUAAACGUGAAGAAUCACCAGAAGAUUUGAGCGAGAUCGUAAAAAGUGCAGUGCGGGAAGAAUUCUCCCGGAAAAAGCCUGCUGAUCAGAUCUCAGCAUCCAGUCUUUCUGAUAAAAGGACUAAUAAGAUCUUGGAUGAUCUUGGGAUAAGGACUGUAAAAUUAUCAGAGAAAGUCUUCCAACCACUUCAACCCAUAACAUAUCAACCGUUCGUAUGGGAUAUGGAAAGGGAAGAAGCUCAACAGAUGUCUAAUAUUGUGACAUGGUUUAAAAAUGCACUAAAGUUGCCAAGGGAUUACCAUGUGAAAGAUAUACAUACGCAAGUGACUCAUCAACAAAAUUUGCCAGAAGCGAACGUCACUAUAACGGGUGGCGCCGACAUAUCCAUUGGACCAAGUGAAACGGAUUGUGUCUGGAUUGAAACUAAGAAAAAAGAAGAGGAUUUUAAAGAAGGUCAAGCCGUGGGAGAGUUAUUCUUAAUAGAUAAGAACCAUCCUAUAAAUUCGAUGGUCGUCUUGACUGAUUGCAAUGAUCGUUGGAGUAUUUUCUUUUUCGCGACAUUGGGAGAUAGAAACGAUGAAAAAUGCAUAGUAAAGGCUAAAAUUGAUGACCGUGGUAUUGCCUUGGCGAUAAUUAAACAAUAUGUAAUUGUAGAAGGAAACAAGUUUUUCAAAUGGUUAGGAAAGGACGCCAGUUAUCAAGUAGAAGUAGACGUAUCUUCACCUCUUCAAAAGAGAAUAAAAUUUUUCGAAUACAUACCUGAAGCUGAUGAUAAUAACAAGAUAAAAGAAGUUGGUGACAUGUCAAGACAGGAAUCAUUAAAUAUUGAUAUCCGCAAAGGGUUAACGAUGUUAAGAAAUUGGUGUAGAUUAGAUGAACAACCACAAGUAGAUAAACUUAUUAGACAAUUUAGUGAUGAUUAUGAAAAUCCUCCACCACAGAUGUUCGCAUAG